GAGGGAGUGAGGGCGAUGGCUGCUGGUGGAUCAGGAUGCGGGGAAACGGUGGAGCAGUGCCGCGUGGAGGUGGAGCGCCUGAGUCGGGAGCUCGCGGAGGCGAACCGCGAGAAGAUCCGGGCGGCGGAGUGCGGGCUGGUGAUUCUGGAGGAGAACCAAACCCUGAAGCAGCAGUACGCCGACCUGGAGGCCGAUCAGGAGGCGCUGAGGCUGGAGCUGGAGCAGCUGCAGGAGGCAUUUGGCCAGGCCUACUCCACCCAGCGUAAGGUAGCAGUAGAUGGGGAGACCAACGAGGAGACGCUGCUGCAGGAGUCUGCCACCAAGGAAGCCUACUACAUGGGCCGCCUCCUGGAGCUCCAGUCGGAGCUGAAGCACAGCCGGGCCACCGCCUCUAAUGCUCAGGCAGACAAGGAACACCUGAGCACUGUGCUGCAGGAGCUGAGGGAGAGUAAUGAGAUGUUGGAGCUGCAGCGCAGCCGAAUGCGGGAGGAGAUCAGGGAGUACAAGUUUCGAGAGUCGCGGCUGCUCCAGGACUAUACUGAGCUGGAGGAGGAGAACAUCUCUCUGCAGAAACUGGUGUCAACACUCAAACAGAACCAGGUGGAGUACGAAGGCCUGAAGCAUGAGAUCAAGGUGCUGGAGGAGGAGACAGAGCUCCUCAACAGCCAGUUACAGGAUGCGCUGCGUUUGAAGGACAUCUCAGAUGCGCAGCUGGAGGAAGCACUGGAGUCUGUGAAGAGUGAGCGUGAGCAGAAGAACCACCUGCGCAGGGAGCUGGUCCACCAUCUCAGCAUGUGCGAUGUAGCCUACACCGGGAGUGCCCACCUGACAUUCACCUCCGCUCCACCCAGUGGCAGUGCCACCCCGACAACUCUGCUCUCCCCAAAUGCAGAAGAGCCAUCGAGAUGCUGUGCUGUGCUCUGAUCUUCCAGGUGUAACGGCCACCUCCAGGGUGGGACUGGAGCAGGCACAGCUCCAGGGUCGGUGCCUAGGGCUAACGGAGAGUAUCGAGCGCCAGGUUGGAAAUCUGACGGGACGGUGACAACGGAUCUCUUCAGUGAGAUGAACCUGACCGAGAUCCAGAAGGUCAAACAGCAGCUGAUGACAGUUGAAUAUGAGAAAGCAGCACUGAUGACAAGUCUGCAGGAGUCCCAGACUCAGCUCCAACACACCCAGGGGGCCCUAACCGAACAGCACGAGAAGGCCCUUCGCCUUAGCCGGAAAGUCAUUGCCCUCCGCCGCCUGCAUCGAAGGGCCUACCUCAACCAGGAAGCCCAUGCCAGUGCCACCUCUCAGCUCAACCAUGAGGCCCUGGUGGAGCUGGACAGGGAUGAGGAGGAGUCUGAAGGGGAAGGAAGAGCUGAGGAAGAUAAAAGUGAGACAAUGAACAAAAGUCAGGUAUUUUCAUACCAGACGCCCGGUCUGGAGAUCCUGCAAUGUAAGUACCGUGUGGCUGUGACAGAGGUGGUUGAACUCAAGGCAGAGGUCAAAGCUCUCCAGGACAGACUGGCUCAGUUUGUGGAGGGAGCAGCAGAGGAGAAGCCAAGAGGAAAGGGUCAGAUCCAGAAGCUGGAAACGCAGGUCUCAUCACUGGAGAAGAGCUGUCGGGAGGGAUGGGAGAAGAUUUCCAAUCUGGAGAUGGAGUUGCAGGCAGCUCAGUCAACAGCCAAUGAGAGCCAUGGGGCAUUGAACGCAGCUCAGGAUGAGUUGGUGACGCUGAGCGAGGAGCUUGCCCAGCUGUACCACCAUGUCUGUCUGUGCAACAAUGAGAUGCCCAACCUGGUCAUGCUGGACUACUACAGACAAGGCAGAGGGCUCAGGGGCCUCAGUGCCAGUCUGAAAGCCAUGUCUUCAGACAACAGCAAAGUUCUUCUCACGCCACGCCUUGCCAGGCGGCUGGCCACUGUUGCUUCGACAGCCUCUACUCCUGGGGAGUCGCGGAGCCCCUCAGAGUCUCCAUCCAAGGAUCCCUUAUCUGUGGAGGGUGGGAGAAAGGAGAAGGAGGGGGACAGGGAGGGCCUCCAGGUGCCAUCUGAACAAAGCCUGCCGCCCUGCACGCCUCCUACCCGCUCACCCAGCAUCAGUGCCUCUUCAUCAUCUUCAUCAUCAUCAUCACCUGCCCUUGAACCAGCUGGUGAGCUGCGCAGGGAGCCAAUGAACGUCUACAACCUCAACGCCAUCAUCAGAGAUCAGGUGAAGCACCUCCAGCGGGCUGUCGACCGGUCUCUGCAGUUGUCCAGACAGAGAGCUGCAGCCAGGGAAGUAGGCCCUCUUCUAGACAAGGACAAGGAGAGCUGCAUGGAGGAGAUCCUGAAGCUCAAGUCUUUGCUCAGCACCAAAAGAGAGCAGAUAGCAACCCUCAGACUGGUGCUCAAGGCUAACAAACAGACGGCAGAGGGUGCCCUGGCCAACCUGAAGAGUAAGUAUGAGGCGGAGAAGUCCAUGGUAACUGACACCAUGACGAAGCUGAGGAACGAGCUGAAGGCCCUUAAGGAGGAUGCUGCCACUUUCUCCUCUCUGCGGGCCAUGUUUGCCACCAGGUGUGACGAGUACGUGACCCAGCUGGAUGAGAUGCAGAGGCAGCUGGCUGCAGCAGAGGAUGAGAAGAAGACUCUGAAUUCCCUCCUACGGAUGGCCAUCCAGCAGAAACUGGCCCUCACCCAGCGGCUGGAGGAUUUGGCCUUCGAUCAAGAGCAAACCCAUCGGACCCGUGGGGGCAGGCUGACCCGCAGAAAGACCAGCACCCCCAAAGUAAGUUCUCCGGCCUCUGCUUCGGCCUCCAACUUAGCCGAAGGCUCCACUUCGACUUUGGCCCCAGUCAGCCUCCCCUCUUCAGGCCUUACUAGUCCUACGUCAAUUCUUCCCGAUGAUCCCACUGUGCCCCUUAGCGCAUCCAUGGUCAGUGCAGCUGCUGCAGCUCUGGCCUCAGCUCUCACCUCGCCUACGUCACACAUACCCCCUCGCAGUCCACCGUCACCAGUGGUCGCCCCAUUGGCUGGCCCUCCAGUGCCAGAGAGCCCCCCAUCUCUGGAGGCUCCCUCUUCUCCGUCAGCACGAACCCCGCCCUCAACCCCUCUGAGGCUGGCUCACUCCCAGUGGACCCUGGGGGUGCGGACGUUUGUGGUCGACUCCCACAGUUUCAGUGUCAACCUAUCCCCCACUCUGCCCCGUAGCUCUGGCCUGUCCAGGCACUACACCCCAGACUCUCAUACUUCUCCUCCAUCCACCACCACCACCAGGCCCACCCAGCCAGGAUCUGCCCCCGCCUCUCCCUACCGGUCCACAAUUCUGGGGCUCAGGCGCUCCCUGUGGAGCCCCUCAUCCCGAACUCGACCCUUGUCCAGCCUGACACGCUCUUCUGUCCUCCACACUCCUUCCUCAUCGUCCCACUACUCCCCCCCACACUCCCCUUCUUCCUCCCACAGCUAUUCCCAUGCCUACUACAGCUCCUCUCCUGCUUUUGCCCCCUCUAACUCCUACCUCACCUCUGGUACCUCCACCACAUACAGCCACUCCAACCACUACACACCCCUCUACCCCAGAUACUACAGUUCUUACCAGCCCCGGUACUGA